AUGCCACAUCCUUCACCCGUUACAGCAACGAAAGAUUUAUCCUCGCUAAAGUGGUCAGAUUGUCUCAACGAGGAUUUCACAGAAGAGUCAGUAAAGGAGAUCGAUCCACGAGAACACUUUUUCGAUUUAUCACUUAAGCGACUUUUAAGUUGGCAAGCAGAAUUAUUACAAAAAGAAGUCAAGGAGGUGAAGGAGAAAUCAUUAACGAUCAAGAUUCCACCCAAUCAAUCCGAAGAGAUGUCUUGGUCAUCGGCAGCAACGGGGAAGCCACAAUUGUCCUAUGCUGAACGAUUGCGAAGGGCAAAAGAAGGCUCAAAAGCUACUGCAAACGAAGGUGUUGAAGAUGGAGUGACACAAGAUAAAGAGGAAAGAGAUGUUAGAGGCAAGGAUUUAAGUACGAAAUCAACUUCAAACCCUUCCCUACUCUCUGGCGAUACAAGCAAAGUCACAUCUUCCGAUAUUUCACCUUCUCUUUCAUCGUAUGGAGACACAGUCGCUACAUCAUCUCCUGCUAUCUCUUCUUCUGGCUCACCAAGUCUCGCGCCACCAAGUUAUGCUAGCAGUGCACCUUCCACCGCUGUCUCUGCACCUGUACCAACCACUCAAGUCAAUAUUUGGGAAGCUCGUCGAUUACAAUUGCAGGAACAGACAAAGAAGCUUAACGAAGCAAAGCCAACGGCUGAUGUCGAGACUGAUCAAGGUAACAAGGUGAACGAAUAUGGCUCAGCGGACGCUCCAAAGCUGAAUGGUGAAGCAAUUGGAGCAAAUGCAAAGCCCAAUGAGAGUCAAGCAUCGCCUGAGACAUCAAAUAGAGCAACGGAAGAUCCUGCAAGUCUUAAUGAGAAUGGCAAGCUAAAUUCUGCAGCAGAUGGCAAGGCAGAAGAGAAACAAAAGGCGGGCAAGGCUUCAAAGAAGAAGAAGCAAAGUCAAAACAGUCAAGCUGCUCAGCCUCCAUUGAUAUCGGAUGCUAGCAAUUGGCCAAGUCCAAACAUGGCAAAAGAGAAAGCCAUAAGGAAUGCGUCUCCUUUAACACCAUCACAAGACAUCAAAUCACGUCAGAACUCAUCAGAUGAGAGUCGCCCUUCCACUGAUGCUCCGAAACCUUCACCAUCGCCACUCGCAAACGGUUCAGUGUUAGAUCAACUUGAUGUUGAAGUCUUGCAUCCAUCAAGGAAGGAGGAAAGACAGCGUAAAGGAGGUAAGCAAUGGAUUGCAAUCGUUCCUACUCUUACACAUUCGGUGCCCCCGAACACAAGACCGACUCAACAGCAGAAACGAUCAGGCAAGAAUCAAGGCGUUGUCGGAAGUUCAAAUGCAAAGCGUGUCAAUGGCGUUCCUCAUGCGAAGCAGCCAUUCGAUGCAAGAAGUUCUUCUGAUCCUCAAUCAAGUGCACCACGAUCGAGAUUACAAAGAAAUGAUGAAGCAACUCAAGAUACACUCAACAAAGAUGAUAUUGGUAACGCAAAUGAAGCAUCAGCAAUUGCAGAGACUAGCUCGAAUCUUCAAUACAUUGGACAAUUCCCACAAUUCCCUCAAGCGCAAAUCGUUGAGAGUGGAGUAGAUUCCACAAAGACUGGACAGCCAGUCACCGGACAAAGACGAAAGAGUGGAACACGCACGCCAAGAGGAGCGCGAGGCAGAGGAGGUUCAAAGAGAUCGAGUGACAGCGAAGCAAACAAUGCAAACACCUCAGCUGACACAAGUCAACAAGGUGAUGUCGAUUCUAAUUCAGUAAGCAAUGCACAGCCAUCAGGAUCUAGUGACCGUUCAGCAAAGCCAUCUCAACGGAGAGACACUUUGCCCAACACACGUAAGCCGCCAUCUGGGCCACGCUUCCAAAAUCAAGGUGGAGGAGGAUCGAGAAGAUCAACGAUUCAAAUGAUGAAUGGUUUGGAUCAACAGUAUUACGAUCCAUACAUGCAGGCGAUGCACUUUGGUGGCCCACCACCGCCAAUGUUUGCUGGUGGACCUCCGCCUUUUGGUCAUCCUGGUCCUUCCUUUGCACCGCAAUUCGGUGCUAUGCAAGUACCUAUACUCGAAAGUACUCCGGUCGAAUUUGCACCGAAAGGAAACUCAACCUCAGAAGAGCCCACUUCAGCAUUAUUGUGGCAAAUUGAAUUUUAUUUCUCUCAUCAAAAUCUUCAAGGUGAUUUCUAUUUGAGAAAAGUGAUGGAUUCUCAAGGCUAUGUUACGAUUGAAAAGUUGGCUGCCUUUAACCGUGUGAAAAGGCUAUCAGGGGAGAAUAUUGAUUUGAUCAGAGACACCAUCAGAUUCAGCAAGGUGUUGCAACUGAACGAAGAUGCAAGCAAGGUGCGCAAAGCAUUCGGUUGGGAGCCUUAUGUCUUAGUGGAAGGUCAACAUGCUCAACAAUGGCAAAUACAACCACCUUCUAUACCUCAAUCACCCUAUAUGGGCUCACCACCAGCACAUCCAAAUGCAAAUGCUUAUCCUUUGCCGCCAAUUCAAUUUUCACCUUAUGGUCCUCCAGAGAUGAUCGGAUCGCCUCCGUUGAAUGGAGCAGCGCCCCCUCUACCGAUGAGAAAUAUGCCUUAUCCUGGUUUCCCGCCUUCAAUGCAUUAUGGUAACGCAGAGCACAUUCCACCGCAUGCCAUGGGAUUUGCUCCACAUGCUGAAAAUGGUGCACGAAGCCCUUCGUCUGCUGGAAUGGAUAGUCUUGCUCAAUCUGCAGAGCAGCUAUCGAUCUCUGGAGGUUCGGCUCCGAACUUUUAUCGUAACAACAACGAUCAAGCUGAAGAGGAUGAAGAAGAUUCUCCCUUAGGCGUUGUGGCUGCAACAGGACUUGGAGGAACAUUGAUGCCAACAAACAAGAAAGAGGUUUAG